AUUUAAAUAUUUAAAGAUAAUUCUUUGCCGUCACCUCCUUGCAUCACUAGUUUCUAAAUUAGUCCAUUAAAAAAUAUGCAUAUUUUCUAUGACCAAAUCUUAAGUAAACGUUAUUCUAUUUUUCUGUUUUUAUUUUGAUCCAUUCUUCUCAAUGUAGUAACUGCAGAUCUGCUCCAUCUCUUAAGUACAUGGUGUUUUCUUGUAUAUUGUCAAAAAAACGGCAGGCAAUGAAGCUACAGUAUCUCUUCUCCAUCUCUCCGGAGACUCAAACAUCAUCAACAAGAUCCCGAAAGACUCUUUUAACUUGGUCUUAAGUAAACGUUAUUCUAUUUUUCUGUUUUUAUUUUGAUCCAUUCUUCUCAAUGUAGUAACUGCAGAUCUGCUCCAUCUCUUAAGUACAUGGUGUUUUCUUGUAUAUUGUCAAAAAAAUGGCAGGCAAUGAAGCUACAGUAUCUCUUCUCCAUCUCUCUGGAGACUCAAACAUCAUCAACAAGAUCCCAAAAGACUCUUUUAACUUGGCAUACAUUAUCUACUUCAUCCUAGGUAUAGGUUACCUUCUUCCAUGGAACGCUUUCAUCACGGCUGUCGAUUACUUCCAGUAUCUAUAUCCUGACUGUAGUGUUGACCGAACCUUUUCUGUAGUUUCUCAGCUGGUGAUGUUCUUCACUGUCCUCCUCCUCAUCUUCUGCUUCCGUAAGUCCCAUGCCUAUGUCCGCGUCAAUUUGGGCUUGGGACUUUUCUUGUUGGCCCUCUUGGUGGUUCCUCUUAUGGAUGUUUUCUAUAUUAUGGGUCAAAGUGGGCUGUAUAUUGGGUAUUAUAUCACUGUUGGGGCCGUUGGCCUCUCCGCCAUGGCUAAUGGCUUUGUCCAAGCUAGCCUUAUUGGGUCUGCUGGAGAGUUGCCAGACCACUAUAUGCAGGCUCUUUUUUGUGGUACUGGCGCCUCAGGUGUACUUGUUUCAUCUCUAAGGAUCUUUACUAAAGCCAUUUACCCACAAGAUACCCACGGCUUGAGGAGUAGUGCAAUCCUGUACUUUGCCGUUGGAAUCAUCCUUAUGAUCAUCUGUAUCAUCAUGUAUAACAUGGUGCAUAGACUUCCUGUUAUCAAGUACUACAAUGAGCUCAGAGCACAGGCUGCUGCAAGCGAGGAGAAACCUGGUCAGGAAGGUUCUCUAUCUGGUCCAGUUUGGGAAAUAAUGGUGAAAAUCAAAUGGUAUGGAAUUGGGAUUGUCGUCAUGUAUGUUGUCACCCUAUCUAUAUUUCCAGGAUUCAUUACUGAAGACGUGCAUUCUGAGUUACUUGGAAAUUGGUUUGGCAUUCUCCUCAUCACCAGCUUCAAUGUGUUUGAUUUAGUCGGCAAGUCUUUUACUGCUGUAUAUCCUGUACAAAAUGGCAAUGUUGCAAUUGCUGCAUGUUUUGCUAGGUUGCUGUUUUAUCCGCUGUAUCUGGGGUGCUUAUAUGGUCCUCAAGUCUUCCGAACAGAGAUUCCUGUGACACUGCUGACUUGUCUGUUGGGGUUAACCAACGGUUAUUUUACAAGUUGCAUUAUGAUUUUGGUUCCCAAAUCAGUCCAACUUCGGAAUGCAGAAACAGCGGGGAUUUUGAUUGCUCUGUUCUUAAUAGUUGGCUUGGCAGUUGGCUCAGUUGUGUCUUGGUUUUGGGUCAUCUGAACUGAAAAGUUGUGAAGCCUUGCCCUGAAUUUGGUACAGCCAAUUGUAGUACAUUUUCUCUGUAAGUUUGAUAUCAUGCCUGAUUUCUGAUGAGAAACGCAGGAUGAAAGAAUUGCGAGUAAUUUGUAAAAUUUCUGUGAGAUAUGUUUUAUUACAUGUUAGUAAACCUUCGGUUUAAAAGUCUCGUUA